CUCGCCAGUCGCGCUUCAAACUCCCCGCAGCCCACACGGUCCCCGUACCCAUGUUUUUCUACCGAACUGCAUUUUUCUACUGACAACAAACAUGCCCCCAGUCUCCUCCACGCGACAAGUACAGUCUCAGGCCUCAAUCAUUGCCUAAUGCAACGAAAUAUACUCAGGAAGUGCAAGUGAAUCGCUCAGGGAUUUUUACACUUUUUUAUUACUCUGUUUAUACAUUGUUGUGAUGACGUCCCGACACGCCGCAAGUGAAGACUGUGUUACGUGUUUUUAUUGUGACUCGUUUUCUAUGGACUGUUGAUGUUUUUAUUGUGACUUUAUAGUGGGAUAGGUUAGGAUAGGCGACAUAACGUCCACUGCCAACUAUCUCAAGGAUUUUUUUAUCGUAAGUUAGUGCUUAAGGGGAGAAGUAACCCCUUUUUGUAUUUUUUAUAAACAGUUUGUACUCUCAGUGUGUGUGAAGUGAUGGCUACUGUGACUUCCACGGAGAUGUCCCACUCGCUGUCAGUCAGGCACGUCGUCAUGUCCCCCCCUGCCGGUGACUUCAGGAUGGCCGGUGCCCUGCCCCUCGUCAGCUCCUCGACGUGCUCGCCCCCGAGCGCCGAGAUGCCGCCGCCUCCGCCGCCCCCCAAGAUCAAACCGGAGAGGAUCCACCACGACGAGAUCUCUAGUUCCAUCCCUGACCUAGAAUUCGAUGGUACAACCGUCCUAUGCCGAGUGUGUGGAGACAAGGCUUCCGGCUUCCACUAUGGAGUGCAUUCUUGCGAAGGUUGUAAGGGAUUCUUCCGGAGGAGUAUUCAGCAGAAGAUCCAGUACCGGCCCUGCACCAAGAAUCAGCAGUGCUCGAUAUUGAGGAUCAACAGAAACCGCUGCCAGUACUGUCGCCUCAAAAAGUGUAUCGCCGUCGGGAUGUCCAGAGACGCUGUCCGAUUUGGACGAGUGCCUAAGAGAGAGAAGGCCCGCAUCCUAGCAGCCAUGCAACAAAGUACCAAUUCGCGGACACAGGAGAAGGCGGUUGCCGCGGAAAUGGAGGACGACCAGAGGCUGUUGGGAACCGUCAUCAGGGCUCACCUGGAGACCUGUGAAUUCACCAGGGAAAAAGUGGAGCCCAUGCUGAGACGAGCGCGGGAACAGCCUUCCUACACAGCUUGCCCGCCCACCCUGGCGUGCCCCCUAAACCCCAACCCCCAGCCGUUAACCGGCCAACAAGAACUCCUUCAAGACUUCUCAAAGAGGUUCUCACCUGCCAUCAGAGGUGUUGUAGAGUUCGCCAAGAGAAUUCCAGGGUUCACACUUCUCGCACAAGACGACCAAGUCACCCUCCUCAAAGCUGGCGUGUUUGAAGUUUUGCUCGUCCGCCUCGCCUGUAUGUUUGAUGCACAGAAUAACAGCAUGAUCUGUCUCAACGGACAAGUCCUAAAGCGAGAGUCAAUCCACAACAGCUCCAACGCCAGAUUCCUAAUGGAUUCCAUGUUCGACUUCGCAGAAAGAUUGAACUCUCUGAGACUGUCAGACGCUGAAAUCGGCCUCUUCUGUUCCAUCGUCGUGAUCGCUGCGGACCGACCCGGGCUGCGGAACACAGAAAUCAUCGAGAGGAUGCACAACAAGCUGAAGAACGCCCUCCAGAUGAUCAUCAACCAGAACCAUCCCAACCAACUAGGUCUCAUUCACGAGCUCAUGAAGAAGAUUCCGGAUCUGAGAACGCUCAAUACUUUGCAUUCUGAGAAGCUGUUGGCAUUCAAGAUGACUGAACAGCAGCAACUGGCUCAGCAACAGCAACAACAACAGAUGUGGGGCAGUAUGAUGGCCGAGGAUGAGUGUAACAGCAAGAGUCCUGGCGGAGCUUCAUCUUGGUCCUCAUCUUCUGAUGUGACGAUGGAAGAAGUUAAAAGUCCUCUUGGAUCAGUUUCCAGUACGGAAUCCAUGUGCUCAGGAGAGGUCGCUUCUCUGAAUGAAUACCACCACCAAAGUCAUCAUGUCAGCAGUGCCCCUCUGCUAGCAGCAACGCUGGCCGGAGGCCUGUGUCCUCACAGGCACAGAGCAAACUCAGGCUCCGCCUCCGGAGACGAUACGAAACCUAUCCAUCGCCCGUUCAGGAAAUUGGAUUCCCCAAGUGACUCCGGCAUUGAAAGUGGGACGGAGAAGAUCGACAAGCCCAUCGGAAGUGCACCUACCUCCGUAUGCUCGAGUCCAAGGUCUUCUCUGGAAGACAAAGAAGAUCACCACCACAAUUCCCACCACCACCACCACAUAGCAGAAGACAUGCCUGUCCUCAAGAGAGUCCUGCAAGCGCCUCCGCUUUGUGACACCAACUCGCUCAUGGACGAAGCCUACAAGCCUCACAAAAAGUUCAGAGCACUGAGGAAUAAAGACUCAGCGGAAGCGGAACCCAUGCAAGCGUCCCCACAACUCCACCACCACCUGACGUCUUCUCUCUCAAGUACACACUCGACGUUAGCCAGGUCACUGAUGGAAGGUCCUCGAGGGAUGACACCCGAGCAGCUCAAGAGGACGGACAUCAUCCACGACUACAUCAUGCGAGGAGAAUCCCCUGCCAACAACAACUUUCAGUACAUUCCCUCCCAGAGGUGGUCCCAAAACUCCGCUACAAGUGUGAUAACCACCACCUCAGGACGGUCUGCCGCCUACGUCCUGGUCUCCUCACCUCCCUCCCCCUUAGUCCAUCUGGAUCAACCUUCCAGGCUCUACCUAGCACCCUCCCCCUCCUCCACGUCACCCGCCUCACCCAGUAUCAUGGAGCUGCAGGUCGGUAUCGCCCAGCCGCUAAAUCUCAGCAAGAAGACACCGCCUCCAUCCCCCCGCCCACUCUCCGCACCUUCGACUGCGCCACAGAAGGCGGUAUCUCUAGAGGCCUGAGGACGUACGUUGGUCAUCGUCUAUAGUACAAAGUCGUGUCGUGGCGACCCUACAAAGUGGUACAAAUCAAAGACUAGGACCUGUUCCUUGUGAUCUCUAGGUGUUUGAGUGAUGCCGGUGAAAGAUCGACACUGUCUGGACUCAGUGAGACGAGCGCAGUGAGCGGAGUGAUAAUCUUGUAGGAUCGCAUCAGACUAUUUCACUCUUUAAUGAUAAGAUUCUGAUGGUGCCACCUUUAACUGUAUCGAAACCAAAUAAUUUAUUAUUCUUCCCCUUCUAGUAAUUCUCAUUCUAUACUGUAUAUGUGUUAGAUGUGUGACAUUUUUAACUAUGACAAAAUCUCGUCAAGUCUGUACGUGUUGUAGUAAUGUCGAUGUUCCUACUGGCGCUUGGACUGGGGUGUUUCUGGAAGGGCUCUUUUGUAAGGACCAAGUAGUGGCCUUUAGUGUCCAGAUAGUCAGGCCUUUUGUGUGUAUCGCCCGUUCCAAAAACAUCCCUCCGUCAUGCCGAGGUCGGGACUAAAUUCAAAUAUUUUUCUGUCGAGGUCCAAGUAUCGAAAAGAAUGGCAUCAAGCACCUAAUCCUAUGAUUUUCUUUUACAUGAAUGUGAUAUAAUUCUACGUAGGGCUUGCAUUUUAUUUUACGUGUGUAAAGUUAGUGUCAUCGUAUUGUAUAUCUAUAUUUACUUAUAAAUACUAGUUUUAUGUUUGCAUUGUGUAGAAGGUGCAUAAGCCCUCAUGUUGUAUAUUUGAGGAAUUUUGAGACUGAAGGAAGGAGGGCCAUCUGGUUAGCCUCUGUAGCUUCCUAUUCCUUUUUGUUUGUAUUUAUCUAUGUAGGUAGGCCAGUAAAUGCUUAGCCCACCCAAAAAUUUGUAUAAAGUGUACACAGAAUAUUUUAAUAGUUUAUUUUUAAGGAUUAAAAAUCCCCAAAUGACUAUAUAUGUAAUGUACAGAUGGCCAGACCUUCCUAUAUUCUUAUACCUUAUUGUCUACUAGACUCGCUUGUCCGAGGGUUCCGUUGUGACCGACACCGGACUGUACUCAGUACUCUCGGUGUGCGUCAUAACGGAACCCCAAAUUAGCCAUAUUUUCUUGGCUGACACUGUCUAAAUAUUUUUUUUAAAUACUGUGUAUAGUAAUUUUAUUUGUGGUUAUUGUGAGUAAAUGUGAACCCAGUGAUCGUAGACUGUGUCUAUGGUGUGUGCUUGUAUGUAUUUUUUGUAAAGCUUGGGAGAUGUUUUGAGGUCGUCAGAUUAAAACAGUUGUCUGGUGAAAUUCAAA